AUUUCGUACGGUUCCCCCCACCGAAGGCCUCUACGGUUCGGAAACCCCAAUUAUCGCCAACACUACAAUUCGUACUCUUUGCAUUCAGAGUAAACAAUUUCACGCGGCACGAAGUUUCGUUUUCGAAGCGCAAAAACAAGAAAGCUUGCUUUUCUGGAAGUGCUUUCAGAAAGUACUUUUCUCUACAUUCAUUGCUUGGGAGGACUAGGGUUUUUCGCGAAGCAUCCGAAGGGAAAAGCAGAUUAGAAGUGUUUUCAAAGGGAAGCACCGAGAGGCACUGGUCUCCAAUUGGGGCGUGAACGGUGCGUUUCGCUGCUGAUAAUAGAGAAUUCGAAGCGUUGUGUGAAUUUUCGGCGUGUUUUCGUGAAGCAGUGGAAGCUAAAUCCCUUUGAAUUAUAUACAACACAAACCUAGGGUUUUUGAAGCGCGGUUUUGAUCCAUUUCGGUUCGAAAUUGAACCAGGAAUCACUGUUUAUACUGUUGCAAUUGAAGAAUUUGAAGAAUUAAGGGGUUUUGAGGUGGUUGUGGAUUGAGUGUAGUGCAUUUGAUAUAGAGCUUUCUCUCUGUUACGAUGGAUAUUGAUGUGGUGGUAGAGGAUGUUAUGUCUUUGGACCCUGAACUGUUGCAGCUUCCUGAGGUGUCUCCGGUGGCGUUCAAAGCGAGCCCUCAGAUUGCUGAGGACUUGUUCUCCCAGUGGCUUUCGCUUUCAGAAACUGGCAGACUGGUGAAAUCUCUUGUUGAUGACGCAAAGACAGGUGCUUCCUUUAAUGCCCUUGGGAACUCUUUUAAUGUGAAUGCUGCUGGGAGUACUUCACUGCCUUCCAUGUUUCCCGCUGGCAGUGCACCUCCACUUUCUCCAAGAAGUUCAUCUGGUUCUCCACGUGUAUCAAAGCAGAGAACUAGUCCUUCUUCUCUGAGCUCUCCUCUUAAAUUAGUUAGUGAACCAAUGCGAGAAAUCAUACCUCAGUUUUACUUCCAAAAUGGCCGUCCGCCACCGAAGGAACUGAAAGAACAAUGUCUUUCCAGAACUGAUAACCUUUUUAACAGUCAUAUGGAUGGAUUGCAAAUACACGAGUUUAAGUUGGUUAUGAAGGAAAUAUGCAAGCUGCCAUCAUUUUUCUCCUCUGCGCUUUUCAGAAAGAUAGACAUGGAAUGCACUGGGAUAGUUAACAGGGAUGCAUUUAUUAAGUAUUGGAUUGAUGGCAAUAUCCUGACAAUGGAUACGGAAACUAAAAUAUUCGAAAUUCUAAGGCAGCCAGGAUGCAAAUACCUUACUCAGAUAGACUUCAAACCUGUUCUUCUAGAGCUUUUGUCAACCCAUCCUGGGUUGGAAUUCUUACAGAGCACACCUGAAUUUCAAGAAAGAUAUGCUGAAACUGUCAUAUACAGAAUAUUCUACUACAUCAACAGAUCAGGAAAUGGCCGUCUUACUCUUAGAGAGCUGAAACGAGGAAAUCUGGUUGCUGCCAUGCAACAUGCAGAUGAGGAAGACGACAUUAAUAAAGUCAUGAGGUUCUUCUCUUAUGAACAUUUUUAUGUUGUAUACUGCAAGUUUUGGGAGCUUGAUUCAGACCAUGACUUCUUGAUAGACAAAGAGAACCUCAUCAAAUAUGGUAACCAUGCCCUUACCUACAGGAUCGUUGAUAGAAUAUUUUCACAGGUUCCAAGGAAGUUUACCAGUAAGAUUGAAGGGAAGAUGGGUUAUGAAGAUUUUGUUUACUUCAUGCUGUCAGAGGAAGAUAAGUCAUCUGAGCCCAGUCUAGAGUAUUGGUUCAAAUGUAUAGAUUUGGAUAGCAACGGAGUUAUUACCCCCAAUGAAAUGCAAUUCUUUUAUGAGGAGCAGCUCCAUCGUAUGGAAUGCAUGACCCUAGAACCUGUGCCAUUUGAGGAUAUUUUGUGUCAAAUUGUUGACAUGAUUGCACCUGAGAGGGAAGAUUAUAUUACACUACGUGACUUGAAGGGAUGCAAACUUUCAGGAAAUGUUUUCAAUAUUCUUUUCAAUCUUAAUAAGUUCAUGGCCUUUGAAAGUCGUGAUCCAUUUCUCAUCCGUCAGGAACGUGAAGACCCGACUUUGACAGAUUGGGACCGGUUUGCACAUAGGGAGUAUAUUAGGCUUUCAAUGGAAGAAGACGGUGAAGAUGUCUCGAAUGGAAGUGCAGAAGUGUGGGAUGAGUCACUUGAAGCUCCUUUUUGAGGGCAACGAGCUGCCUAUAUGCUUCCUUGAGUUUUAGGCCAUGGAAUGAAGAAACAUUGUGGAGAUACUCCUAGAAUGAAAACUUACGAGGGGCUGCAAACUUUAUCAGAGAUAAACCUCAAGCGUGGGCAUUUAGUUUUGGGACACACCUUGUCAAGCUGGCAAAUAUUGCUUGCCUUCAUGAAAUGAUAGUCUGCUGCGGAGUACAAAAUCGAUUUGCUUCUUUGGAAUGAAAUGGUUAGUCAUCACACGGGUAACAAUGGAUCAUGCUAUUGUUAUUGAAGAACUCAUGUUGUUUCCAAGGAAUUAGCUCCAUUGCUGGUUGCGUUCUAUCUUGCCUUUACUCUUUCUUUGGGCAUAGAUGGCUGCUUGAAGCUUCUAGUGGUUCGUCAUGUUGCUCGGAUGCUCUAUAUUGGUCCCUCUUCCCCUUCACCCUGCUCCCUAGCUUCUAUACCUUGUUAAUAUGCUUAUUGGAUUUUUGUUGAAAAAGGGAAUUUUUAACACGAAAUUGUAGAAAGUGCAAUAGCAUAGAACGGUUUUUGGUUGGAAUUGUUGAAAGAUUUUCCAUGUUAGUUUCUUCCUAUAUUCUGCGCAACCCGGCAAAGCCCUAGUCAAGUAUAUUGUGUUUAGCAUUCUUGUGAUGAUACCAUGUCCAUUGAUGAUGUUUA